AUGUCCGAACACAGAAAGCAGGAACGUCGUUGCAUAUUUCCCAAGUUAGAUGCCUUCGGCCUAGAAGGUCGCCAAUUUGAGUUGGUAUAUUUGGAUCAUGGUUGCCUCGAAUACGUCACAAAACAGGCGGCCAAAGAGAAUACCGCACCCCUGUUCGAUCUAGUUCAAUUUGGGUGGUCUAUACUUCUUCACAAAUACACCGACUCCGACACCGUCACUUUUGGCGUCGGAGAAGAUCUGAAGGGGAAUGUGAUAGACCAGGUGGUAGCAGUGGUAGACGCAAGCUCUCCGAUCUCCAACUCCGUCCGUCUUCAGAAACUUCGGGAAUGGCCAACGGUGGAGUGUAGUCGCCACGAACAUUUCAAUACCUGCCUUCUGUGGGAGGACGUUGAUACUCUAGGAUGGAUUUCGAACGAUGGCGAUCGCCUCCCAAUGAUUGGGGAUAUUUCAGUAAUCGUGAACUCGUCAGCACUCGCACCACAAGUUUCGAUGCGCUAUUCAACUUCGAUCUUGAGCCAUCCCGCGGCUCGUAACGUGAUUGCCACACUGGGUGCAAUCCUCGGAUGUCUUUCAUGUAGCCCGUCGCGGGCACUUUCAGAGUCGCCGCUAUUGGGUGAUUAUCACAAGCAGCAAAUAUCUGCAUGGAAUACCCGAGCACACACGUACCCUCUCGAUUGUUGCAUCCAUGCACUAUUCCAUUUGCAAUGUAUGCUUCAUCCCGAUUCUCAAGCAGUAUGUGCUUGGGAUGGGGACAUGACCUACCAAGACCUAGACGCCCUGUCUUGGAGGGUCCAGGCACGAUUAUCAGCCCUCGAUGUUGGAUCGGGAUCCAUAGUUCCUCUCCUUUUCGAAAAGUCUAAAUGGGCAGUUGUUGCAAUGUUAGGGGUCCUUAAGGCCGGUGCUGCCUUCGUUGCGUUGGACUCUGCGUAUCCCGAAAAGCGCUUGCGGGAUAUCUGUGAAGAUGUUGAAGCAGAUGUCAUCAUCUGUGCCGAUUGGCUAGUACAGCAUCACUUAAGCUGCACAACAAUAGCAGUUGGUGACUGUACUCGCUCUUGGGGGUUGGAUCCGUCACCAAACCAGCCACGAGUACAAUCCCACGACCCUGCAUAUGUAGUCUACACGUCAGGAUCGACAGGAACGCCGAAAGGAAUUGUAAUUGAGCAUGCCUCAUUCUGCUCUAACGCAAUCGCCAGCAGUGAAGCUCAAAAUCUCGACAGUUCAUCCAGGGUCCUCCAGUUCGCAUCUUAUGCCUUCGAUAUCAGUAUUCAUGAAUGUUUGACUACGUUGAUACUCGGAGGGUGCGUCUGUAUCCCUUCCGAGUUUCAACGGCUGAAUGACCUGAAAAAUGCAGUUCGAGAUUUACAUGUCAAUUGGGCAGAACUCACGCCAACGGUUGCCAAACUGUUAAUGCCCGAAGAUGUGCCGAGAGUGAAGACUCUUAUUUUAGGCGGGGAAUCCAUGACAUCAUUGGACAUAGCUCUGUGGCACGAAAAAGUGCACUUGAUAUGCGCUUAUGGGCCUGCGGAAUGCACCGUUGUUGCUAAUGUGCAACCCCACGUGACUGAGCCGGGGAACAUAGGGUUCUCGUUUGGCGGGUCAUGUUGGAUUGUAGAUAAGGAUAAUCACAAUUGCCUUGCAGCUAUUGGGACAAUCGGAGAGCUUGUAAUCGGCGGCCCCAUCGUUUCUCGAGGAUAUCUCAAGAGGCCCGAGCAGACCGCAGCUGCAUUCAUCAGCAGCCCCGAAUGGGCAUCAGAGUUUGGCAUGGGCUCAGACCACCGGUUUUAUAAAACAGGAGAUCUGGCAAGAUACAGUUCUGACGGCUCUAUUGUCUACAUUGGACGAAAGGACACGCAAGUUAAAGUAUAUGGACAAAGGGUUGAGCUCGGAGAAAUUGAACACAUCUCACAACAAUGCCUCAAAGAAGCAAUGGUUGUCGCCGAAAUAAUAACUCACGAAACACGAAGGUCUUCCUUGGUUCUAUUCGUGGCCAAACAGCCGGUAUUUACAGCGGAAUUAGUCGCCAGUGUCACCAUAUGUGCCCCAGAUAGAGAAUUUCGCGAAGAUGUAGCGCGCUUGAAAGUUCAUUUGCAAAAAGCGCUCCCAACAUAUAUGGUACCUGCAGCAUACAUCCCAUUGGCUGCUAUGCCUGUGACGCGAACAGGAAAGGUAAAUCGGCGAGCGUUGCAAAACGCUGUCGGAAAUUUACCAGAGACCCAGCUGAGAGAUUACCGAAUGGCUACUAGUGGGGAUAGAGGUCUCAGCCCGGCAGAAACUCCUAUUGAGGAGCUUGUCCAACAGUUACUUGCGACAGUUCUCGGUCUGCCAUUGACCACCGUUGGAAUGGAUGAUAACUUUUUAAGACUGGGUGGAGACUCUGUCUCUGCAGUCAGGUUUGUGGAAACAGCACGUCAACAGGGGCUCAAAAUCACGGUGGAAUCUCUGUUCGCCGAUCAAUCGAUUUCCAAUUUGGCACGUAAUAUAGCAGCAGAUCAAGCGAACCACGAUCAACAACAACCGCCGCCGUUUUCCCUGUUGAACUCCAUGGGAAAGGGGACGAUGAUCUCGAGCGCAGCGAGCAAAUGCUGCAUCCGCCCUGAAAGCAUUCAAGACAUAUAUCCUUGCACGCCCUUGCAAGAGUCUUUCAUUGCAUACACGGCAAGAUCGCCUGGCUCACUUCAAUGUAGUUUCCACUUUCAAAUGGCAAGACACGUCGAUGUGGCUCGGUUUAAGAGAGCGUGGGCAGAGGUUUGCGAUGGACAUCCCAUUCUGCGGACGAGAAUUAUUCUGGCAGAUUCACUUCAAGCAUUCCAGGUUGUGAGUUCCGAAGGGGGCCCACAAUGUCAAUUGAUUGAAAAUGAAUUGGAAUUUCCUGAACAAUUCAUGUCGCUCGGGGCACCCCUAGUUUCAACUUCACUUGCUGGUGAAGGGAACGAGGAAGUACCAUUGACUUUCACCCUCACAAUUCAUCAUGCUCUGUUUGAUGGAUGGUCAUACCAGCGUAUCUUGGAUGCCACUGAAAAUGCAUAUAACGGAAUACACUUACCAUCGCAGCCUUUCACGCUAUUUAUAGAGUAUGUCAACCGUUUGAAUCCCGGGCUUGCGCGUCAUUUCUGGAGUGCAGAGUUCCAAGGGCUGCGAACAAUAGGAUUUCCAUGUCCACUCGUCCCGGUAGGGUACAGCCCAAUGUCCAUCAGAACCGUCACCCGGCACAUUGUGAUUUCCGAAUGGCCAAGGGGUAGUUAUACUUCAUCCACAGUGAUUAGAUUGGCGUUCGCCACCCUUCUUUCAUGGUAUAUGGAAACCAAUGACGUGGUCUUCGGGGUCACUGUGGCUGGUCGCGGCGCUCCGGUCCCUGGGAUCUAUCAAAUGACAGGACCCACCAUAGCUACGUUUCCGCUUCGCACUAUACUUCACCCUGCCCUAAGCAUCGAAGAAACACUCAGGGAAAUGCAAGAGCACGCAACCAAACUGAUUCAGUUCGAACAGACAGGAUUGCGACGAAUCAGAAGUUAUGGACAAGAAGCAUCUGCAGCGUGUGAUUUCCAAACCUUGCUCGUUAUACAGCCACGGAAGACUACAGUCUCUUCCAACCUGUUUACGGAAUCUCCGGACAAUUCCGCCGAACAGCUGAAAUUUAGCACCCAUCCGCUAACAAUGGUGUGUGAACUCUCCGGGGAACGGUCAUUGUCUAUCACUGCCGUUUUUGAUAGCUGUGUUUUGAAGCACGAUGAGACGCAGAUAAUGCUGGAGCGCUUUGACCAUGUCCUCCACAGUAUUACAGAUAAUCCAGCCCAAAGAAUCGGGAGCUUAAUUCCCAAUAUAGGGCAACGGAUGAACGAGUCCGGUCUCUUGCGCGACGCUGAGUACCAAGCACAAAACUACCUAGGCAAACAGUACCAAGUGGUCGUUGAAAUGGUUUGCCCCAAAGAUCUGUGUGAAGAGAGGCUCACUGUCUUUGUUUGCGAGAACUCGGGACAUCAAAACACAGAGGCAGCGCUCUUCGCUGUUCCAGAGGAGAAGUUCAAGCUCAAACUUUGUGAGCUGAUGGAUUAUAUGAACAGAGCUCUCUCUUGGAGUAUGUUGCCGAUUCUCUGUCUCCCAAUCAAUUAUGUACCGCGGACGGCUGCCGCCCAGCCCGACAAAGACCUCCUGCGAUUCGCGGUUUCUCAGAAAAACUUAAGCUCCCUCCAACCGAUUAUAUCAUGCCCCAAUGAAUCUCAGGGCCCGGUGUCGGAACACGAGGAAAAAUUUAGAAACAUUAUUGCACGAGUCAUCGGUGUGGAAACAGACGAGGUCGGUAUCGACGAUGACUUCUUCAGACUAGGCGGUGACUCGAUCUCUGCAAUACAGUUGGUCACUCUGUGCAGAGAAGAUGGCUUGUCGCUGACCGCUAUGGAUGUUUUCGACGCAAAAACCGUCAAACUCAUAGCAUCGAAAGCAAAGCCUUCUAUGGAGCUAACACCACCAUCCACACCUAGUGAAAGGAAACAACAGAUGGCCCGGUUCGCUUUGCUUUCCUUGUCACCUGCUGAAGAAGAUAAAUUCGAAUUCAGGCUCAAAGCUAACCUGGGAAUUGCUUACGACGAAAUAGAAGAUGCGUACCCAUGCACCCGGGUGCAUGAAGGGCUUCUUGUCACCCAGUCGCUGAAUGCCUUUGAAUACCAGUCUUAUACCAUAUGGGAAGUAACUUCAAAAGUCCCCCAGUGUGCUGUGUGGCCAGUGCGUCUAGGAAAUGCAUGGGAGGAUGUUGUACGGCGCCACCCGGCCCUGAGAACGAUUUUGUUUAGUCGCGGAACCAACGGCCAGGAGAAGACCCACGUUGUACGGAAGACAUCAAAUAUCAAAGUCCAAAUCCUCUCAUGUACGGAUAACGAAGUUACGGAUCUGUUGCGCAAGUCUUCCUUGAGUAACAGAGACAUCGGUGCGCUUCCAUAUCAAUUCACCAUCUGCAAAACCGAAUCCGGUCGUAUUUUCUGCAAGCUCGAGGGAAAUGACGCUUUUCUAGAUGCAACUUCACUCCUAAUAAUAUUACGAGAGCUGUCAAAGGCGUACAGAGGACAGCUCUCUUCCUCCCCAGCCCCGCUAUACAGAUCCGCCGUUGCAUACUUUUACGAUAUCGCUGAUUUCAAAAGCCAGAUGGACUACUGGAAACCCCAAAUGGUCGAUAUCCAACCUUGCAUGUUUCCCCGAAUCCAAAGUAAGGGAUGUCAAAAGGGGCUUCGCACCAUGAGUAGAGAAGUUGCUGAUAAAGCUUUGCUGAAUCGCUUCUGCCUUGAUAAGGGGGUCACCAAGAGCAACCUUUUUCAGAUUGCCUGGGGUAUGGUAUUGCGAAAAUACACGCAGUUGGACGACGUGUGUUUUGGAACGGUUAUAUCUGGGCGUGACGUUCCGAUCCCGGAAAUCCAUAAUAUCAUUGGCUCAUUUUUCAACGUGCUUGUUUGUCGAUUACGAUUCACGAUUGAAGACAGGUGUAGCGAUGUCUUAGCGAGAAACCAGGCAGAGAACAGAAACCGGCUGCGAAAUGGAUGUUGCUCACUAAUAGAUGUUUUGCAACAGUCCAGGCAUUUCGGAAAACCGCUAUUCAAUACCUGCAUGUCGGUAGAACAGCCUUUGUCAACUGAAAACGGGGAGGCCGAAAUUCGUUUCAAAGAGGUAGAGACGUAUGAGGCGACGGAGUAUGACAUUAUUAUCAACAUCUGCGUCGGGAAGGAAACGGUCGAAGCUACGUUCACGUACUGGGCUUCAGUACUGGAAGAUUCCAAACUCGUUCUCGUUGCCGAUGAAUUUGGAGAAUCCAUAUCCCAGAUUCUCAGCCGUGGCAAAUCAACUGAUACUUUAUUGCUGUAAUUUGCGAAAAAAUCCCUAGAUUAAUAGUGCGUGAAGUUCGUAAUGUACUGUACAUUGUGACAUGGAACUCUGCGUUCACGACGGUUUAGCUGUCAUUCCGGGCAGAUCCUGCAUAAUAGAAAUGGCAGACAAUGGGUCCCAAUUGUGUAACAGUUAGUAUACAAUUAGAAUAGGCUCGCUUACUGGGGAUUAUCCCCCCUCUUUCAAUGCAACCUCGGUCAACGGAUAACAUCUACUCAAUAUGCCUGUGACAGGAGUUAAGGACGUACCAAUGAUAGCCGCAAAGUAAGUUUUGAAGAGAGGUCGAUUACCAAAGGCUUUCCCGUUAUCGAUGGUAGUCCCAGAAAUGCAACUACAGAAGACUGAUGAAAUUCUGAGAAACUGAAACGUCUA